UUUUUUUUUGAGACUGAGUGUCACUCUGUUGCCCAGGCUGGAGUGCAAUGGCACAAUCUUGGCUCACUGAAACUUCCUGACUUCGCCUCCCAAGUAGCUGUGAUUAAGGGUGCUGCCACCACGCCUAGCUGGUUUGUUUUUGUAUUUUUAGUAGAGACGGGUUUUGCCAUGUUGGCCAGGCUGGUCUCAAACUCCUGACCUCAGGUGAUCUGCCCGCCUCAGCCUCCCAAAGUGCAGAGCUCCUGGCUGUGGAGAGAACACAGGAGGGUGUGGGGGCGGUGGCAGACGGGAGGCCCGGGGUUCCAGGGGAAGGAGGGUCAAGCCGGAGACCCCUGCUUCUCAGAGACCACAUGGUAAGGACCCAGGCAUGAGUCACCAUGCCCGGCCCAGGGUUACACAUUUCAAUUUCCAAUUGUUGGUUGCUUGUUUGUAGAAAUACAGCCAACUUUUACGUAUUCACUUUGUAUCCUGCAGACUGGCUAAAGCUGCUGAUAUCUAGUAGUUUUUUUUUGUUUUUGGUUUUGGUUUUUUGGGUUUUUUUUUUUGGCUCUUUAGAAUUUUCUGCCUCACAACUGUGUCUUUUGUGAGGCAAGACAGACUCUGUUCAUUGUCUCGUGCCGUUGUGGCGUCUGUUUCCUGCGUGCCCAGCUGCUUCUGUCUGGCGUGUUUUUGGGGGUCCCCGGCACUGCUGCCUCAUCCGUCGGCUGCUUCCUGGUGUCCCGUGGCACGAGUGCGCCCCUGCCCUGUGCCCGCCUCUGGCCAGUGGACUUUGGUUUCUUAUUUCUGGCUGCUCUGAGUAGUCACAUGCAAGGCGUCUGUGGACGUGUGUGUUCGCUUCUAAUGCCUGGGAGUGGAAUUGCUGGGUUAAUCGUUUAAUUUUUGUGUCUGUGUUUAUUUUUCCAGCCUGUCUCUUGUGUGCUCUUCUACUGGCACUUUCGGAAUCUAGUAGAACCCGGUCAUUUGUUAUCUAUUGGCCCCUGGCCUGACGAGAGCCCCUCAUUCUAAAACUCACAGGGGCUCUGGACACAUCAGGAUGUUCUAGGGCUGAAGCGCGUGUGGGUGACAUUGGCGUAGAUGGUAUUGUGUUUGCUGUUCACUCCACAGACACUGAUUGAGCCCCUACAAGGUGUGAGCUUGUGCUGGUUCCUGAGGGCUAAGGAGACACUGUCUGUGUACACCCAGAGCUCCUGGCUCUGGAGAGAACACAGGGGGUGUGGGGCGGUGGCAGACGGGAGGCCCGGGGUUCCAGGGGAAGGAGAGUCAAGCCGGGGACCCCUGCUCCUCAGAGACCACAUGGGAAGGACCUGGGCUUGGCCACCGGAGGGUGCAGCUCCCCUUCGUGCUCCCAGGGAGGCCCAAAGACGGGGUCUGGGUGGCUGAGGGGCUCCCCACAGUGGCCGUCAACUACUGGGCAAAGUCAAGCUUCUUCAUGGCUGGACAGGACACAGGCUGCUGUUCGGGGCAGCGGAGGAGAGUGGGGGUCUCCUGGGAAGGUCCUGGGGGGAUGGGUUGAGGUUAGUACCACAAUUGCUGUUGGCAUUUUUUAAAUUAUUUUUAUUUUCGAUGAUAAAAUACACAUAGAAUAAAAUGUACCAUCUGAACCAUUUUGAGCGUACAGUUCAGUGACGUUAAGUACAUGUACAUUAUUGUGUACACACCACUGCUAUCCAGAACUUUCUCAUCGUCCCAGGCUGAAACUGUCCCCAUGAAGCCCUGUCUCCCUCCCUCCAGCCCCGGGAGGCCUCCACUCUCUGAAUGUGACGACUCUAGGGACCUCAUAGAAGUGGCAUUAUGCAGCAUUUGCAUCUGUGUGACGGCGAAUUUCACUCAGCACAGUCUCCUCAGGCUUCAUACGUCACUCGGCACGGCGUCCUCGGGCUUCAUACAUCGCUUGGCAGGGCAUCCUUGGGGUCCGUACAUCACUCGGCACGGUGUCCUCAGGGUCCGUACGUCACUCGGCACGGCGUCCUCGGGGUCCGUACGUCACUCGGCACGGCGUCCUUGGGUCCGUACGUCGCUCGGCACGGCGUCCUUGGGGUCCAUAUGUUGGCACAGUGUCCUUGGGGUCCAUAUGUUGGCACGGUGUCCUCGGGGUCCAUACGUCAGCACGGCAUCCUCAGGGUCCGUAUGUCGCUCGGCAAGUGUCCGUGGGGUUCAUCCCUGUCCUAGCAAGUGUCAGAUCUUCCUUCCCUUUGGAGGCUGAAGAGACCACACUUUGUUUAUUCAUUUGUCAGCAGAUGCUGGGGCUGCUUCCUCCCCUUGGCUACUGUGAAUGAUGCUGCCGGGAAUGUGGGUGUAUGAAGAGCUCUUGGAGACCCUGCUUUCACUUUUUGGGGUCACACACCCAGAAGCAGAAUUGCCGGAUCCUAUGGUUUUCACCGCAAAUGGUCCAACGGUGAUCAUGCCCACCUGGUUCUGUUCGCGGGCAUGGUUUUCCCACGUGGGCCCCUUUGACGAGGGAGGUCAGGGCGUCCCGGAGGACCUGUUGUUCUUCUACGAGCACCUCAGGAAGGGCGGCGGCGUCGUCCGUGUGGACCAGAGCCUCCUGCUGUACCGAUACCACCCGCGGGCGGCCACGCACUCCGUCCUUGAGACGACCAUCUGGACCCACCGCGUCCGUUUCCUGGAAGAGCAGGCCCUUCCCCGCUGGGCAGCCUUCACCAUCUGGAACGCCGGCAAGCAGGGGCGCCGGCUGUACCGCAGCUUGACCGCUGCCAGCCAGCGCAAGGUGGUGGCCUUCUGUGACUUCUGUGCCUGUCCCCAGGUGGUGGCCUUCUGUGACGUGGACGAGAACAAGAUCAGGAAAGGCUUCUAUUGCCACGAGGACUCUCAGGAAAGACCCAAGCCCCGAAUCCCCAUCCUGCACUUCCGAGCCGCCCGGCCACCCUUCGUCAUCUGCGUGAAGCUGGUCGACACAGGCCACCCCCAACCCCUGGCCCUGGAGGAGGCUCCCCAGUGGCCUCCUGGAGCCAGGAGAGGUGGAACUGAGCUGUAUCUGCUGCUCCCGCCAGGACCUCACAGGGGGCGCCUUCGAGGACAACCUGAGGUCGUUGCACUUGCAGGAGGGCCAGGACUUCCUUCACUUCAGCUGACGGACCCACGGCAGCCGCUCCCAGAAGCCACUUGUUCCCUCCAUCCUCAGUGCAUCCCAGGCCAGCAGGAGCUUCGUGAGCUGCAGGCAUAGCAACGGUGCACCCCAGUUCCACACCCAGCAGGCGCAACCAGAGUCUCGUGUGUGCUGACCACAGGAGCCGAACCCUUUCCACCGUGUGGACUCGUGGUCAAGGCUGGGCCUGGCCACCCAGGACCCUCACCACGUGACCCCAGCCAAUCGAGGGGACAGUUCGAGGAGGAGGAGACCCCAAUUACACAGGUUGGAAUAAAAUGUUUAAAUCUCGUAAAAAUGUAACACAAGGCUCUUUUAAGGGAUAAAGACUAUUGGCCACCAGGUCAAGCACAAGAACGGUAGUGUGUUAACCCCACACUCCUGUGUGGCCAGGUCAUCACACACAUUCCGUGAACAGCUGUCUGCUAAACAGACAGCAUGAACUGUCACAGUCCUGGCCUUGUGGUCCUGGUGACCUCACAAGUGAGAACCACGACUGAGCCUUGCCUCACAGAUGCAGGCGGCAUCUCCCAGUUCUGGGCCUGCCCAUGUUCCUGUGUCCAGACCCCAUCCCCACCUGAGCGAGCAGGCCGGGGAGCCACCCCAGUCUACACCACGCACACGGCACCCCUGGGCUCUGCACCCAGGGAAAGCGCUGCUCACCCAAGCCCUUGGGCCUCUGAGUGGCCACACCUGAGGCUGCUUUGGUGCUGCCGGCGGUGGGGCGGUGGUUCUGCACCUCCAGCCCUGUGAGCACAGCACAGGUCCCAGGUAGAUGGGAGUGGGUUGCUACCACAGUGAAAUUUUUAUACACGUUCCCCUCACCAGCUUUGGGAUGGAUCAGCAUGAGCUCAGACACGGAGACAAAGGUAGCCUCCUGCCCUUUGCUUAAAAACCCAAGUGUAGACUCUGCCCAGGCUCUCCUAAGACAGUGUAAUUGUUUCAGGAAUUGUAUUUCCCGUAUUAUUGUAGAGGCACACAUUGGACUCUGACAAUUCCCCUUGCAGCAGACAUUUGUGAAGCUGCUGGUCUGCACACCCAUCAACCAGUGACCCCUGCACUGCAGGGGGACCACAUGCACGAUGCUCACGUGUGCACAGGCGGGAGGCCAGCACCCCCACCAGGCAGAUGGUCCCAGAAACAGCAUCUGCGCAGCACUCUAGACCAUGCCUGCCACCAGGGCUUGUCAGUUCUCUGGCAUUUGAACCUCUGAUUUAACAUUCAUCUCUCUCCAAGACUGGGCAGACCACCAGCUGUGGCCAGACGUCUCCCACAGCAGGGACAGCACCAGGCGAGAAGGGGGCCCGGUCUCCAGGCAGGAGGAGUGGAACCCAACCCCCUCUGGCUGACCCCUGGGCAGUGAGCCCCUCCAUCACCCUACACGCAUCAGGUUCAGAGACAAAAGGCAGGAACUUCUUGGUACAUGAUUUUAUAGGAAGCACAUCUGUGUUCAAGUGAAGGCAGAGGCAUCCACCCCAGGUCAUUAGAGGGCAGGUGCAGAGAGGAAAAGCUGUCAGCUGGUGCCAGCCUCCAAGGGCCAGCGCUACCCUUCAACAGCUGGAGGCACCACCGUGCCAGGCUUUCCACACCGGCCUCCCUCAGGAACAAGACAUCCCCACCAGGCAGGGGUGAGGUACGGGCUCCAGGACUGGCUUCAGCAGGCGUGAGGCUGCAGAAGAGACAGGACAAGCUCAGGCUGGUCAGCUCCAUCACACACCAUUCCCAGCCAGGGGACCCUCGCCCCUCUGGGCCCUGUGUGGGGACUGACACUGGGUUCCUGCAGGAAACUAUUUGUGCCGUUCCCCACACGCGGGAGCCUGAGCUGUGUGGCUGACAGGCGCUCAUGACUAACGUGUCCUCGGAACGGCACCCCGUCUGGGGAGCGGGAAGAGAGGUUCACUGCACUGCUCUUAACCUGCAUUCACACGUUUGAAAUUUUUCCUAAUAAAAAUGUAAAAAGCACAUUUAA